AUGGACGGAAUUUCCAAGCCUAAACAACCGUUCAAUCUUAACACCACCGUUAUCACUCCCGUGCCCAAAACACCCAAAGAGGCCUUGUCCACACCGGAUUGGUAUAAUGCUAUGACUAUUGAAUUUAAUGCUCUUAUUAAAAACCAAACGUGGGAAUUAGUCCAACGCACACCGGACAUGAAUGUCAUCUGCAAUAUGUGGUUAUUUUGGCAUAAAUUCAGAUCUGAUGGCACCCUGGAAAGAUAUAAAGCUCAUUUGGAUGUCGGUUACUUACUAAUCUACGUGGAUGACAUUAUUCUCACCAUCUCGAGUGAAAAAUUGCGGGUUGACAUCAUGGCACAGUUAGCAUCUGAGUUUGAUAUCAAAGAUCUCGGUCCGUUAAGUCAUUUUUUGGGAAUAAAUGUUUCUCGACAUCAGAACCGUAUGUUUUUAUCUCAACAAUCCUGUGCGACAGAUAUCAUCGAACGAGCAGGGAUACAUUCCUGCAAACCUGUCGCCACUCCAGUAGAUACUAAGGAAAAGUUGAGUGCCACCUCCAGCCCUAUUUUUGAUGACCCUACUCUAUACCGUAGCCUGGCUGGUGCUCUACAGUACCUUACGUUUAUAAGACCCGAUAUCAGCUAUGAUGUCCAGCAGGUCGGCAUGCAUAUGCACGCUCCCCGAAUGGAUUAUUGGAAUGCUUUGAAACGCGUUAUACGAUACAUUCAUGGUACAGUAUCGCUUGGAUUAACUCUUAGGCCUUUCACGAAUUUAUCAUUACGGGCUUACACUGAUACUGACUGGGCUGGGUGUCCUGACACUAGACGAUCCACUUCGGGUUAUUGUGUAUAUUUGGGUUCAAAUUUGUUAUCUUGGUCAUCAAAACGUCAAGCCGUUGUCUCUCGGUCCAGUGCGGAGGCCGAAUACAGAGGGGUGGCGAAUGUGGUUGCUGAAUUGUGUUGCCUUCGUAACCUUUUUCUUGAAUUACACCGCCCAGUACAGAAAGCCAGCUUAGUUUAUUGUGAUAACAUAAGUACAGUCUAUCUUUCUGGUAAUCCGGUGCAGCACCAACGCAUUAAGCACAUUGAGCUCGACAUUCAUUUUGUUCGUGACCAGGUGCAACGUGGUACUAUUUGUGUCCUUCAUGUUCCCUCACGCUAUCAGAUGGCGGACAUCUUCAUCAAAGGACUUCCGCGAGUUUUGUUUGAUGAUUUCAGAUCCAGUCUCAGCAUUCGGCCUCCUCUCGCUUCGACUGCGGGGGUGUAA